AUGUGUUUCAGCGACGAGAGUAGUCAGUUUGUACAGGUGUUUGUCGGGCCCGAGGUUGAUCCAGCCACUGAUACCAACAUCGAUCCCCAGCGCCGAAGGCACAAACUGCAGCUUCUCAAGCAUUACAUCUGGGAACGUCCCUACUUUCGAGAUGCCCUAUCAGGAAGGAAUUACUUCGAACCCACUGGAGACAACACCUGGGAGCUUGUGCACCCUCGUCUUGUGGACAUCUCAUCUGAGGACUUUAGAAUGGUCGCAGAAUUUCUAUUGGACGGCGACUUCGGCAUCAGGGAUCCAGAAGAUGAGGAGCAGGUUGCAGAGACUUUCGCCGAAUGCAUGUCAGCAUGGAAGACUGCGGAGCUCCUGAGCAUGGAUGAUCUGCUUGAGCACAUUGUCGACAAGAUUCGGGCAGCCCGACCUUGGUGGGACAUGUGGAACGUUAUGGCCUUCGCGUGCUCGAUUUACGAAAGCGAUAUUACGCUGCAGGCUCACAAAGAUAUGAAGGCCAUGCUCUCAGAAUCCAUUGCAGAGCUGUAUGAUAUUUACAUCGAAGACGAUCAUCUUAGGAGCCAGUUCUUGGCUCGCCUCAAACAGCUUCCACAGUUGAGAAGGGACGUCCACGCAGAGAUUGUAGCGCAGGUCGAUCGACGCUUGCAACCGCAAGAUGAGGAGGUGGAGAACGACAUGGAUUUGUACAACUGA